AAAAAUAUCUUUAUAAUUUUAACGCGGUGCGUGUGUAAUUGCUGAGGUGGGAGCAUAAUAAUACUAGAAAUUCACCCUGUUUAUAACCCCCACUAGUCUCUGCAAUUUUCCAUCCAGUCCACUCCAAGUAGACCUCUGUUUUCAACCAUUAUCUUGUUUCUUGAUCCUGCUAUUUCUCUGUUCUCUGCUUAUACUUUUCUCUACACAUACAUAACCUUCAUUAGUAAUACUAUAGUUAUGGAAGCUGUUCAGUACUUCAAGUAUGGACAUGAUGAUCUCAAGCAUGUUGAAGUUCCAAUUCCAUCUCCAAAGAAAGAUGAGAUAUUGAUUAAAGUGGAAGCAGUUGGUAUCAAUCCUAUUGAUUUUAAGAUCCAGCACGGCUUCCUGCGCCCUAUUGCUCCAAAGAAAUUCCCUCAUAUUCCUGGUUCUGAUAUCGCAGGUGAAGUUGUGGAUGUUGGAUUUACAGUUACAAAAUUCAAGAAAGGCGACAAAGUUGUCGCCAUGCUUGGCACCACGACUGGAGGUGGAUUAGCCGAGUAUGCAGUAGCAAAGCAAGAAGUGACCGUUCUGAGGCCACUUGAACUAUCAGCAGGUGAAUGUGCCGCGUUAGGCACUCCAGGGCUAACCGCUUACCAAUGCCUCAUCACAGCGGGAGUAGUUCUGAAAAAAGACGGCCCCCCUAUGAACAUACUAAUCACUGCAGCUUCAGGCGGUGUUGGUCACUACGCAGUUCAGCUCGCAAAGCUAGGAAACACUCAUGUCACUGUCACAUGUGGCUCUCGCAACAUUGAUUUUGUGAAAAGCCUAGGCGCUGAUGUGGCCCUGGACUACAGAACUCCGGAUGGCAAGGCCUUGGUUGGACCAUCAGCACGAAGAUACGAUGCUGUAGUGCAUUGCACCUCAGGCAUCAGCUGGUCGACGUUUGAAAACGUGUUAACAUCUAAUGGGAUCGUCGUAGACAUCACCCCUAGCCCCAAGUCCAUAACAACCUCUGUCGUGAAGAAGCUCUCUUGCUCUAAAAAAACACUGCAUCCUCUGUUUGUUUCGCAUAAAGCGGAGGACUUGCAGUAUCUUAUUAACUUGAUGUUAGAAGGGAAGCUGAAGACUGUGGUAGAUUCCAAGUAUAAUUUCAGCAAGACUCAAGAGGCUUGGGCUAAGAGCAUGGAGGGACAUGCUGUUGGGAAGAUCAUUGUGGAAAUGUGAAAUCACUCGAGUUUGUUUGAGUAGGCACUUUGAAAUUAUGUCGUUUGUAAACUGAUGAAAUAUCUGAUUAGUCAAUUAAUCAUCUGAUUAAUCUUCAAUCAAUUUUUAUUUUCUGUUUUUAUUAA